GCGGGGCGGCGCGGAGUGCGGGCGGAGAUGGCGGCGGGCGCGGACGUGCGGUGCGCGGUUCUGGCGCUGCUCGUGCUCGACUUACUGGCGACCGGCGGCGAUGCUACAGGUCCGGUGAUCACGGGGCAGUACACCAGCUCUGCUGACAAGGUGGUCCUCAGCUGUAACAUGAGUGCACCUCACGCCCCCAUCAAGGGCCACAAAUGGAUGCUGGGAGACAAGACACUCAAGACAGAAGAAGGCAAUUCAGACUCUUUCAUCACUUACACGAUCGAGGGGAAGGUUGAAGAACACUCUGGUGUCUAUGAAUGCAUCUAUGAAACAAACCCAGUGGCAAAAGGAAACGUGUCUAUAGAAGUUCAACCCCAAGUUGUAGCAUACAAGAAGUCUGAGCAUGGGAACGAGGGGGACACAGGUGUGCUGACCUGCAAGAGUCUCUCCUACCCCCCUGUUGGCAACUGGUUCUGGUUCAGAAGUGAUCAAACACCCGUUGUCAAUGGUACUGAUCGCUACAUCAUCAAGUCCAAUGGCAACAAGACAGAGCUACGCAUCCUCAAACUGAGCAUUGAGCAAGAUACAGGUGACUACCACUGCAAUGGUACCAACGUGAUGGGCCCUGGAAGUGCUACGGUGAAUCUGCGCGUCCGCAGCCGCCUGGCAGCUCUUUGGCCCUUCCUGGGAAUCGUGGCAGAAGUUCUGGUUCUCGUCACCAUCAUCUUCAUCUACGAGAAGAGGAGGAAGCCAGAUGAGGUUCUUGAUGAUGAUGAUGGAGGCUCUGCACCACUGAAAAGCAAUGCCACGAACCACAAGGACAAGAACGUCCGCCAGAGAAACGCUAACUGAGUCAGAGGUGACGUGUAGCUGAAGAACUUGUCUGGACAUUGUUUUCUUCUAAUUUUUAUUAUUUUUGUUUUUUUGUAAAAUAGCACCAGGAAAUACUUAGCGUGUCCUUGCGAUUCAGUUACUUCACUUUCGACAGGAAAUUAAGUUGUAGAAUCUAAAACACACACUUUUUUUUUUUUUUUU